AUGGAGGUGUGCACACAUAAGAUGUUUGCUUCUUCGUUUCUCGUUUCUGUCAGCAUCUAUAUCCUGCUUCUACAGACAUCCAUAGUGAAAGAUGCUAUACAACAAGAUAGAACAAAUGUACACGAUGCUGAAUGCGCUGCACUAAUAUUUGGAGAGCGAAUGAAGGAGCGGUUAGUUGACCUUGAAGAAAAACUUAGAAUAUUGAAAAGUUGUCUAGUUGAAAGCCAUAAGUCAAAUUAUCAACUGAAAAUCAGUAAAGUCUUUCUUAUGAAAAUAAACUUCAGAGAUUAUAAAAUAAUGGGAAUCAUUGAGUCGAAUUAUGGUGAGUACCUGUUUCAUUUGCUUAGUUCUAAAAAAAGAUUAAAUCACUUUGUAUCAUAUGAAUGUUUGGCAAUCAAGAUUCAUUCCUUGGGUGGAUUAGCAUUCUCGUUUUCCUUAUUUAUCAGGAGACCUAUUCAACCGAACGAGGAACAUGUCACAAUGUACAAGAAACUUCAUCGUAUAUAUCGCGCACAUGGAUCAAAUCAAUAUCGUCAUGAACAGUGUUACUACCACUUCCCUUCGAAACACAGAAUGGAUGUUGAGAAACUGAGUGAAUUGAUCAGAGAAAUGUAUGCAGCGAAGUCGCAGUUUGUGAGAGAUUCGCUGAUACAGAAAGCAUAUGAAAGAAUGGCAUUCUAUUUGCAAGGGAGUUCAGGAAAACUACAUUUCGUGUCAGACUCGAAUCCAUUCCAGUUUUAA